AAUUGCAAGAUUCUUACGUGAGCCAGAUUAAUAAUGUAUUAUACAAAAACUAUUAAAUUGUAAAGACUACUAAGAGAGAAGACAGUAGUAUGGAUGGACCGUAGAAUGCGCGUCUUUGGGGCGCUAAUAUUUUUAUUAAUCAUCUCUCCUGCAUUCGCCUUCGUUGCCGGAGCUGAUGGUCCAGUAUUGUUUCAAGAGGCUUUGGAGAAUGGAAAGUCAACGCUUAAUUGUGACACGAGCCCGGACACGGCGGAAGAUGAAAUCAUGCUUCUUGUAUGGUACAAAGAUAAUGAGUCAAUUUACAGUUACGACGCUCGCGUGGGAACUGAAUGGUGUAACAUUGGUUUCAAUGCCAGCGGUCGUGUAAUCGCAAAUAUGUCUUCAAAUCCUACGACGUUGACAAUUUCAGCUCUGAGAGAUGAUGAUCAAGCCUUAUAUCAUUGUAGAGUGGAAUUUCUAUUGUCACCAACAAGAAAUAUUGGCGUCAAUUUGACUGUUAUUGUUCUACCAAGUGAGCCUUUCUUUCUGGACGAAUUAGGAAACACUGUUACCAAUAAAACUAGACCUUAUUACGAAGGAGAUACGCUUGUUUUAACUUGCCUUGUUAUUGGAGGACGACCACCACCAAAAAUAACUUGGUACUCUGGUGAUACUUUAGUAGAUGCAACAUACAGUGUAAGUGAUAUACCGAAUGUAAGACAAAACGAACUCUAUCUGCCACUUACCCGUGAUAAUGCUGAUACACUGUCAUGUAGAGCUUCAAAUACACAUUUAGUGAAGCCUUUAAAAGCUAAUCUACAGAUAGAAUUAUACUUACCUGCCAACAAUGUAAGUAUUGAAUGGAUUCAAGGAAACGCCAACGGUAACAUUCGAUCAGGGGAUACAGUCAUAGUACAGUGCAUUGCAAAUGGUUCACACCCAAUUCCUGACAUAACAUGGUUUCUAAACAAUAAAAGUCUAUCGCAUCAUAAUCAGACAUGGAAUGAAAAUCUCCAAGCUGUAACAUCUCGUAUUAUAAUAACACCAACUAGAGCAGACAACAAUGCUACUUUAAAAUGUGUAGCGAAAAACCCAGUAAUGCCAACUGGAAGAAAUUCAAAAUCUGCCGCCGUUAGUUUAAAUGUAACAUUUGGACCCGCAGUGCAUGUAACUAGAUUUGAAGAUGAAAAAACUGAUGUUAUUGAACUUGACAUAUUAAUAUUGAAAUGUAAUGUUGAAGCAAAUCCUCCAGCGAGUAAAAUAUUUUGGUAUUACAACGAUAAAGAAAUAAAAGAAGAUGGCAUUCGAGGGAUUCGGGUCUCAUCAAAUGAUUUAAUAAUAGACGAAGUACGCCGAAGUGAUUCCGGUCAGUACUCUUGUGCAGCAAGAAAUAACGUCGGUGAAACAAAAUCAGGUCCCAUAAAUAUAAAUGUUUUUUAUCCACCUGCUUGCACAAAAUCGAGUGUUAUUCUUAAGAAAGAAAUUUUAAUAUGCAACGUAAAAAGCCUGCCCUCUCCUGAUACUUAUUUCUGGCACAUCAACCAAGCGGAUUACGAUGCUCAACAUUUAACUACAGGAUCAAAUAUAUUAUCCCUUGAACAAGUUGCUGGGCCUUUUUCGGACAGUCUAAACGUUAGCUGUGAAGCUGAUAAUGGUAUAGCUUCUCAGGACAAAUCGUGUAAUAGAAUCAUAAGUAUAGGUCACUUGAAACCUAAACAACCACAACAAUGUGAUCUUGCGUUUGAAUACAAGGAGUUUCAAAUAAGAUGUCUACCAGUUGAAAACGCUUCGUAUUAUGAAUUAUCGUUAUGGAGGUUGUCAACGACGAAUACUUCUUUGGUGUUAGAACAAAAGCGAUCUCUGGAAGUUGGCAACAGUUUAGCUCUUAUGCAAAACGAAGAACCAUGGUUAGUUAGAGGUGAGCUGGGUCUACUGAAGGCUGGAGACGAGGCUGGUGCAGCGGCUUGUAAUAGAUAUGGAUGCUCAGCAGCGCUACUAUUGAGGCCUACUGAUGGUCUACUGAGUGCUGCUAUGCCGCCUUGGUGGAAGUUUUUUAUGGUGAAAGACAUAGGAAUAUCAAUUGGCGUUUUGUUGUUGGUGGUGAUGUUUGUAUGUUCGACGAUGUUGGCCGUGCGAUUGGCCAGGAGAUCCCGGACGAAGCCGGUGCCUGUCAUACAAGUGCUGCAACUUGAUGACGUCACUCGAGAUUAUCUUAGUCGGACGAGCGAUAUCCAUGGGAUUCCGUCGUGCAGCCUACGAUCGAAUAGCAGUGAUUAUUCUGAUGAUGGUGACAGUCCGUCCUUCGCGGAUUGUCAUUGUCCCCGCAUACAGCAAGAUUGGAUACCUCCGCCUGACGUCACAUUAACUUUGCAAAGAGAAAGUGCUGUGUAGAACUUUGAUUUUAAUCGACCAUGAAAUUACACAGUGACACUUGUCUCUAUUUUUUCAAUUGUAAUGAUAAGGAUGGCAUUAUAUUGAUAUACAGCGUGUACUGAAAUCCAACGGUAAUUGUGAGCUUAUAAUAAUAUUAUAAUGGUGCCAGGAUGAUGAAAUGUUUUCCAAUAA